GGGGGGGACAGGAAGUCACAAGGCUGAUACAGCCAUUUCCCCUUCCCCUCUGGCCCCAGGAGGUCCUGGAGGGAAAUGGUCCGCCUGGUCUGGCGCCUACAGCUGGGGUCUGGUGUCGAGGCUCAUUGUUUGAGGCUGUGGCAGGGGCCACGGAAAGCCUCGGGACUGCCCUUCGUCCACCUACCGCAGACCCAGAGCCCUAAAGGCAGACUCGCAGUGGGCAGGACAGCGCCCAGCUGGAUGGAGGCGCUCGGGGCUGUCCUUCUGACCCUCCUGCUGUGCCAGCAGCCAGCCGAGUGUACAGGGCACAGGCUGGCACAGGAGGAUGAGGAGGACGUGAAGUCGGAAGGCUACGGCUACGAUGACGACGAUGAGGAAGAGGAGGAAGACGAGACCAACAUGAUCUUCAGCAGCAAGGACAGAGUGACCCUGGAGUGCUACACCUGCUUGCUGCUGAAGGACAGGGAGCGCUGCCAGGAGACGAAGCGCUGCUCCAGUGGCCAGACCUUCUGCACCACCAUGGUCUCCCACGGCAGAACCGACUCGGGUUUCCUGACCACCUACUCCAUGUGGUGCACGGACUCCUGCCGACCCCUCACCAAGACGGUGGAGGGGACCCAGAUGAACCAGACCUGCUGCCAGUCCACGCUGUGCAACGCCCCGCCCUGGCAGAGGCCCCCCAGCGGGGCAGGCAGCCCCCAGGGUGGCAGAACUGGCCAGCCCCAGGGUGGCCGUGCAGGUGGCCCUCGGGAAGAUGGGCCUGGCAGUUCCCGGGGCAGUGGGGCACCAGGCUUCACAGGCUGCCCAAAAAGUAUGGGCACAGCCCUCCUGCUCCCCCUCCUUGCCAGCCUUUGGACAGUGGAGGCCUAAGGGCCCUGCCACCCCUCCACCGGGGACCCCCUGUCCAUGCCUCCCCUCCCCGCGACCGGCUCUGGAGAAUAAACUUGGCGGUGUCUCACAG